AUGUUCACAGGCAUUGUCGAAGACAUCGGAGUCGUCUCCGAACUCAACCCCAACGACGAGACAGGCGGCACUUCCCUCACAAUCACCCUCCACGAGUCCUCCACACUCCUCUCGGAUUGCCACCUCGGCGACUCCAUCGCCAUAAACGGCGUCUGCCUCACCGUCACCCAGUUCGAGACCUCCCCGCCGUCCUUCAAGGUCGGCGUCGCCCCGGAGACCCUCCGCAUCACGAACCUCGGCUCCCUGGAGAAGGACUCCCGCGUCAACCUCGAGCGCGCCGUUCGCGCCGACACCCGCAUGGGCGGGCACUUUGUCCAGGGCCACGUCGACACCACCGCCGCCAUCCUCGCCGUCACGCCCGACGGCAACGCGCUGACCUUCCGCUUCGCGCCGCGCGAGAAGGCCGUGCUGCGCUACAUCGUCUACAAGGGCUACGUCGCCCUCGAUGGCACCAGCCUUACCGUGACCCAAGUCAAUGACGACGAGGGCUGGUGGGAGGUUAUGCUCAUUAGCUACACUCAGGAGAAGGUCGUCGUCGCGGGCAAGAAGCCCGGCGAAACGGUCAAUGUCGAGGUCGACAUGAUGGCCAAGUACGCCGAGAAGAGCCUGGCGAGCUACCUCGGCGGCGCGGGCAGCGCCCCUUUGGAGAGGAUGGUGGAGCGCAUCGUCGCUGAGGGGCUGGGCGGAAAGUCUUAG